AUGAACGCAUUCUCCGAUGGCUAUGUGCGCUCAAAGACAUCUUUAAAGCUAUUUGUGGAGCAAUACGAACGGGCUCUGAGAAGUAAAGUUGAAAAAGAAUUUCAAGCUGAUUUUAGAUCAUUCUUGCAAAUGAUUCCUUGUGCUACUAAGUAUGAGAUGGAAAAGCAAUUUCAAGAAAUUUAUACAAUCUCGAAAUUCAAGGAGUUUCAAAAAGAAUUCACCGAAAAGGUUUAUUGUGAAGUACUAUCCGUGAAGGAGUUAUGUGGGGAUAGCGAAGUACGAGGCAUUGUUUGCAAACACGCGGUCUCAGUUUUAAUUCGGAAUGAGGUGUCAGUACUUCCGGAAAAGUACAUUUUACGAAGAAGGAGGAGAGACAUGAGUAGACCUUACACGCGGGUGGUAACAACGUAUGAUGGUUUGGUGAGUACUCAUGAGCAGUUGAGAUAUGAGCAGUUGUGUGCUGCUCUAACUAAGAUAGCUGACUUGGUUGCAAUUAAUGAAGACCGUUCGAAGCAGUUAAUGGAGUGGGUUGAAUUGUAG